CCCGCCGCCCAGAAACGCCAUUAGCCACUUACCUGCUCCACUGUUACCCGUCCAUCGUCUUCCAGCCGCUUCCUUCCCCAUCCGUCCCCGGCGUCACCGUGCACACACACAGAAAGUAGUGAGCUCGUCGAUCCGGGAGAGAUCAGGAUGAGCGACCCCAAGUACGCCUACCCCUACCCCGCGCAAGGUUACUACCAGGGAGGGCCAUACCAGGGGCAGGGCGGCCCGUACCAGGGGCCGCCGGUGAUGGCGCCGCCGCAGUACGCCGCGCCGCCGCCGCGCCCCCAGCCCAGCUUCCUCGAAGGCUGUUUGGCCGCGCUUUGCUGCUGCUGCCUGAUCGACGAGUGCUGCUGCGACCCCUCCAUCAUCUUCGUCGGCUAGAUCACCCAAGGCCAAGCCAGGGCAUCCGGCCUGGCAUGCUGUCAACUGUACAAAGAGAUGCCCUCAUCAAGGAUAUUUACCACGUUGUUGCCACGCUAUAUAUCAUGAUCUCUCUCCUCCAUAUAUAUGAACGUAUUCCCUUAUUAUUGUUAUCUCACUACGGUGUUGCCUGCCUGUGUAACUCGAAUCCAUCAGUAACAAAGGCUUUAUCA